AUAAAAUAAUAGAGAGAAAAAGAGAAAAGAUUCAUCAUCACCAAAGAAGUAAAGAAGAGAAACCUCUGCAUCAAUGGCGAUUUCCAAGCUCCAUCUUCUCUUUCUUCUCUCAGUCUUUCUCUCCCUUCAUCGUCUUGUUCUUUCCGACACCGCCGAUGAAGAAGAUGUUCUUCGUACAGGCAUCAACAAUUACAGAGCAGGACUAAACCUAACAACCUUAAUACAUAACGAAAACGCAGAAUGUCUUGCAGACGAAAUCGCAGACCAAUUCAAGAACCAGCCUUGCACAAACACCACUGGCUCAUUCUCAGUUCCUGGAACCCAGCCUGGAUUCCCAAACUUGCCUAAGCUCCUCUCCAAAUGCCGCCUCAACCCUACCGUUACUAGAGACGGUGCGAUUUUGCCAGCUUGUGUUCCCAACCUUGAUCCAAGUCUUGUCUUGACCAAUUUCACACAGUCUCAGUACUCCAAGGACCUCAAUGAUUCUAAGUUCACUGGAAUUGGUAUUGGUUCUGAUGAUAACUGGAUUGUUGUCGUUCUCACUACUAGCACACCGGAGGGUAGCUAUUCUCCGGCCUCUAACUCGGGAGCUUUCUCGUUCGGAGUUAAUGGCCUUGUUUCUUCGAGUUUGAUGAUGAUGUUUCUUCUCUUUUGUUUCUUCAUGUUUUGAGUCCCAUUUUUGGGUUUUUUUCCCAUAUUUAAACGAGCUUUUUUUUUUUUUUUUCUCAAAAUUUAAACGAGCUCAUUGUCUUUGUUUCUUAUUAUGUUGUUAUUAUGGUGAUUUGUAUGAAUUCAUAAGGCAUAAAAGAGAAGAUCCCGUAAUAUUAUCAUUAAGUUUCUUCUU